GCAUUACCACCUGUCUUUUUCCUUCCUCUUCAACGUCUCGAACAAGCAGGAGGAGGUAGACCGAACAACUCCAGGUCGCGGGAGCGGCCAUUUCUCUGGGGCGGGACCGCGGGAGAGCUCUAGCUCUUGCAGCAGUAGAACUCUACUGCAGCCAGACACUGCAAAGGGCGAGAGGUUUGCUUUCGCGCCCUGGGACUUUCAAGAAGCACUCGUUCUAGGGUGGUGCCUCGCGUGCUUUUCGUGCGACUCGUGGUCUGAUUCCUUAGUAGUUCCAGUGCUGCGGGUCAACUUUUGGACAGCAAUGAUUUUGGGGAAGGAGGUUGUAGAUGAAUGAAGCGCAUAGAAUAUACCCUUGGAAACCUACACACGCCGUACAGCAGUGUGACUAUAAAAAAGACUCGCCAUGAUACACAAACGCUGAAAGAAUUUCUGAUGGCAGAACUGAGAGAGUUAAGAGAAAUGGAUAAGGAUGGCAGCUCCGAGAGAAGUCGCCCAGAUCAUGGUGAUGUGAAGAUGCUCAAGUUCAGACCAAAGGUGCCUCGACAGAAGCAAAAGCCAAAGCAACAAGACCCUAAGCCAAUUGAUGAAGAUGUGAUGAAGAUAUUGAGGACUCGCCAAGUGGCUGCAAAAAGUGCACCAAACACAGAAGAUGAGUGCUCACCACAGAAGACCCUCUCGACGCCACCUUCUGCAGAUGUUGUUUGCUUGUCACCAGCGCAACUCGGAGUGCAAAAACAAAAUCAAUUGCCACUCCAAAUUCCUAGAUCCUUCCCUGUUCCUGUUAAUUCAGGAUUGGUUUAUGAAGAAGAGAGUAGUGAUGACGACGACGAUAAUGAUAGUGACAAUGUUGGGUUGCUGGAGACUCAGCCAGAUUCAAUUGAAAGUGAAGCUUUAACAUGUCCGGCUGAGGAGCUUGAUUUGCUUCAGCAAGAAGGUAGCAAAGAAAGAAUGUUCUUCUUCCAGUUCCCAAACUCUCUUCCUUUACCCAAAAGGUCGUCCAGUGCCGGCAAGGAGGUGAUGGAAGGAUCCAACCUGCAGCAGCUGCCUCAGGGUUAUUUGGGCAAAAUGCUAGUAUACAAGAGCGGCAAGAUCAAAAUGAAGUUAGGAGACAUCAUCUUUGAUGUGAACCCAGGAGUAGAAAGUAGGAUGCUGCAGCGUGCAGUAGCUCUCAACACUCGAGACAAACACUGUUGCUUGCUUGGAGAGAUUGAGAAUCGUCAUGUUAUUGUGACUCCCAAUGUUGAUUCUUUGUUGAACGACAAGUAGGGACCAACUGUAGCAGCUUUGUCACAGAUUGUGUGUAGACCUGUAGAUAUGCAGGGUUAGUGACAUCUGUAGAAAUUAUAUCAGCUCUGUCAAAUGAUGUAUAGGAUUUUAGUUGUGUAGUGUUGUGAACGUUUUAUUGUGAUUGCAGUGCUAUGUUAGUUUUAGAACUGCAUGCAGCUCCCUGUGGAUGAAUGUUUGUAAGGAUCGGUAUUUGACCUUGAUUGUAUUGGAAGGCAAAUAUAAUAAAAAUCACGUCGUUCUUGUGGGCAAGGCCUUCUGCUA